AUGGAUCCUCCCAUCGCUGCUUAUGUUGACAAUAUAGGAUUAGAAAAAUGGGCUCGUCCUUAUUGUCUAGGAGACAGGUACAACAUCAUGACAAACAACGCUGCAGAAAGCCUUAACAACGUGACUGAAGAAUUCCGGGCAUAUCCAAUAACUACUCUAGUUGAGUUCAUAAGGUUCACACUACAAAAUUGGUUUGCUAACCGUCUUGAGAAGGCAAGUAAGUGUGUUACCCCUUUGGCAACUCAUUUUGAGGAAGAUUUGAUAAAGCAACACGAGGAUGGUAGACGUAGAAGUGUCCUACGUAACGGUGCACAAUUGUUUAAUGUUGGAAGAGGUGCUGACGGUUCUGACUUUGAAAAAGGCGGAGAUGUGAACUUAGUUGAGAGAACAUGCACUUGCGGCAUGUUCCAAUUGUUGAAAAUUCCUUGUCCCCAUGCAUGUGUCGCAGCGCUUACUCAGAAUGUCAGUGUCUACGCUCUGUCAUCUCCCUAUUACACAAAUGAGACGUGGAAGAAUACUUACGAUGUAACAAUUAAUGUUGUGGGCGAGGAGGAUGAAUGGGUGCUUCCAGAACACAUGCAGAACAUGAGAAUCGGUGUACCAGUGGAGAAGAAACCUGUAGGUCGUCCAAGAAAGAGCAAUGCAGGAAGACUACGGACUAACCGAUUUCCAUCGAACGGUACCAAAGUCAAGGAACCACGCAAAUGUUCAAACUGUGGCGCAUUGAGACACAACAAAGCUACUUGCAAGGCCAGGGUUUGA